AACCGCCAGUUCUACCGCGACUCCCAAAUCGCCGGCACCGUCGACUUCAUCUUCGGCGACUCCUCCGCCGUCUUCCAGAACUGCACCAUCCUCCCCCGCCAGCCCCUCCCCAACCAGUCCAACACCAUCACCGCCCACGGGAAGAAGGAUCCCAACGAGAACACCGCCUUUUCGAUCCAGGGUUCCGCCAUCCGCCCCUACGAUCCCGUCACCCGGCCCACGUUUUUGGGCCGGCCUUGGAAGAACUAUUCCACGACGGUUUUUAUGAGGUCGGAGAUCGGGUCGGUGGUCGACCCGGCGGGUUGGUUGGCUUGGUUGCCGGGCGUGCCGCCGCCGGAUACUAUUGAUUAUGCGGAGUAUGAGAAUACGGGCCCGGGGGCGAGCGUUGCGGGUCGGGUCAAGUGGGUCGGGUACAGGCCCGCGAUGAGUGCGGAUGAAGCGAGUAAGUUUGCGGUGGCUGCUUUGCUUGGUGGGGAAGAGUGGAUAGCGCAGGCGGGCGUGCAGGUUCAGCCCAAUUUGUAAAUUUGUAAUGUGUUUUUUGUUUUGGUUAAAUGUUUG